UGCUGCAUUCGAUACGUCAAGCCCCUUUCAUAACCCAAGGACACCGGAGCUUUCCGCUACGUACGUUUCAUCUGGAUCCAGUCCUGCAUUCUCAAUGAUGGAUGCGCUGUGGUGUCUAGAGUCCUUCCACAGCUGGUCUACUUGCGUUCGUCAUCGGCUUGUGAGACCAUUGACCGCAGCCGAAUCCAUCAGGAAGGUCGAUCAUCCUCAUUUCGUCGAAGAUCUUCUUGAGGUUGUUGAUUAGCACGAUUGUAUUAUUUCCAGACUGGAAUCCGGACGUUACCAAUUACGGUCCUUCUUCGUUAUAACACUGAACCAAAGGGUGAUGAAUUUCAUUCAAAAAAGUUAGCUGCUACCUUGUGGCCAAGAAACCACCUUAGCAUUUACGAUCGCGAAGAAGACAGAGAAAUAGAGUCAGCUCUUCCAGCCUUCGACACAGCCUCUCAGACCGCCGAUCUGAUCGACACUCAACCUUCCCUGUGGCGAUGCAAAAUUGCCAAGACAGAAAUUGGGGGCGAAAAUGCCAAAUCUGUGAGAGCCGAUAAUUUAAGGGAUCACAUCCACUCAUCUUCCACUCACCUCCUGUGGGAUAUGCUAUUGCCCCUGGAUACCGGAGAUGGUAAGCAAUAACGACACGGAAGGGGGAUCCAAGGCCCAAAAAUCUAUACUCCAGCGGGUCAAGUCCUUCAAUGGGAUACAGCUCUGCGCAACGGUGGCAUGCGUCGCGUUAGCGAUAAACACCGUUUUGGCUGUGAUCGCUUUUGCUCGCGGAUAUUCCCAGAGUACUCACAGUGACUUUGUCACCGUUCUACUCUAUGAGGGCAAAUGCUCGAAAACCAAGAACUGGUCAACAGGCCUUCACCUGCUGAUCAACGCAUUGGGGACGGUCAUCCUCGGCAGCAGCAAUUACUGCGCGCAGUUCUUGGCUGCACCAACGAGAGAAGACGUAAAUAGGGCACAUGCACGAGGCUCCUGGCUUGAUAUCGGCGUUCACAGUGUGCGAAACAUCCGGGCUUUGGGGAUAAAGAGAAAAGCCAUAUGGGCCAUUUUGAUGUUAUCGACUAUUCCUAUUCAUGCAUUCUAUAACUCGGUUGUGCUAAACGCCGAAAGCUCAAAUGGGUACGACAUCUUCAUUGCCCCGGCUGAUUAUAAUGGCUCCAAUCCCUUGGACCCCACAAAAGUAGCGGCGCAAUGCAUUGAAUCCCAUGUGAAUGGAUAUCUCGCCAAAUUCAACUCAGCGGUAGCAAAUGGAGAUUUUGAAGUACUCACUACAGAGCAAUGUCUGAACAAGUUCGCCGUCGACUUUCUGACGGGGGAACAGACUGUCGUGGUCUUGUCGAACAAUCUUACCUGGGAUGUGCAAUAUCCCAUCAGGUUUACGGGACAAGGAAAUUCCCCCUCAUCAUAUAACAAUGAUCUCAUCACAGCCGAUAGCCCGAUUCUGUGGAUGUGCUCAGGGGAUUACAGAACGUCGUGUAGGAAGAGCUCCAUACAAAGUCAAUUUCCAAGCUGGCAGGUCGCCGAGACUCGAUGGGAAGGACCGAAAUGGGCCAUCACUUUCCCUACUGAUAAUGGGAGUACCACCAUCACGGAGAAAGAAUCAAAUCACGAGUGCUCUCCUUCGUCUCCGGGAUGUGAAGACCUGAACCAUUUGCAAAAUCUUGCGUGGGGUGAUGUUCCCCCAACAGCACAGCUGUUCCAGAAAUAUUUGGACAUUUCCAAUUGGGAAAAUAAGACCUGGGCUCAAGAAGUGACCUUCCAGGACCGAGGAUCUCAAUGUUUCGACAGUCGAAUUGAAGGCGACAUGGACCCGGCUGGGGGAUCGUUGGACAUCUUCUCUGGCCGCUUUACCGUUCAAGGAUGUGUGAGCGCGAAAACAGAACAGCACUGCCAGCUGCUCUUUGUGCCGUCUUUCUCACUCGUGGUCAUCAUUUGCACUGCUAUCAAGGUGGCUUGCAUUGUGUCUCUCGCGCGACAAGAGCGUCUGCGUCGACUUCUCACAGUCGGAGACGCAAUUUCCUCUUUCUUGUCUAACCCUGACCCCCUUACUCAGGGAAAAGCAUUAACAACGAAGGCUGAGUGGACGAGACCUCGUGUAUCUAUGAGGGGUACCAAGAAUCACCACAGCUAUGUGGCCGUGUCACAACAAAAGAUUUCCGGGGCCAAACGGAGAUGGUGGGAAGCUGGAGCUGUGGAGCAGUGGCUAGCUACGCUCGUUUUAUCCUUCGGAUGCCUCAGCGUCGCAGCAUUUCUCCUACAUUGGGGCCUUCAAGAUACACGGCUCGCCGACAUGGGUGGGACCAGCAUGUCAACUCUUUGGCAAUACGGUCUCGGCUCUGCAACCCCGUACACCAUCAUCUAUCGAGUUCAGUCGUCGUUGCUCGGAAACGUGCUAUUGGCCAAUUUGCCCCAACUUCUCAUUUCGCUCUCCUACUACUUCUACAACUCCAUCCUAACAACCAUGAUUAUGGCCUCGGAGUAUGACAGCUACGCAGUACGCGGUCGUCGUGAAGCUUCAAUUGCAGAGAUAUUACCGACCUUUCCAAAGAAAGGCCUUCGAGUGUCGUCUGAUCGCCGGGGUGCUCAGCGAUCAUUCUACUUCUUGAGUCUUCCUUACCGAUAUAGCUUGCCGCUUAUGUUGGCGUAUACGAUUUUGCAUUGGUUGGUCUCGCAGAGCAUUUUCUAUGUUCGAGUUGUCAUGUACAACUCGAAUAUGGAGCACGAGUCCCGCUACGAUGUGAAUGCGUGCGGCUGGUCACCCGUCGCCUUCAUAUUCGCUAUAAUCGUGGGUGGAUUGAUGAUCCUCGUGCUCCUGGGGUUGGCUCUAAGACCGUUUCGCUCGUUCAUACCCCUCGCUGGUAGUUGCAGCAUGGCAAUCAGUGCUGCCUGCCAUCCGCCCACGGAAGACGUGGAUGCAGCACUGAACCCGGUUAUUUGGGGUGAGAUUGGAGAGUUGACCUCCUCGAAAUUGCAGUCUACGUCAUCAACUUUAGUCACUCCGCUGGUCAGAAGUGGCAAUGUGGAGGAGAUAAGUCUUGAAAGUCUUGAUGGGAAGCCAGGCAACGAUGUCAUGGGACAUGAAGCCCGUCACUGCAGUUUUACAUCUUUCGGUGUUAGCAGACCUGAGAUCGGCCAGACGUAUACAUAGGGAACUACUUGAUGCUUUGGCCACACCGAGAGUCAUCUCCUUUGUGCAGAGCUUCAGGUUGCCCUGAUGCAAACCCCAUUAGGAAUGACGAGGUCGUGGUCAUGCUCCAGGGGCUUCGGAAUACAGCAUCACUUCAAUAUUCAAAUCUUUUUGCUCUCUCCAUUCUAAACUCUGCUUCAUAACAUUUUUAAAGUCCCCCGUAAUAUCGCUUCCAUCAUUACAGUCAGGCUGUGCUUCAUAUUCCAUCAUGCCACGUAUCUUCCGUAUCUCUCAACGGUGCACCACUAUACAAUCCCAUCGGGAUAGCCGUGAGACCACACACCAGCCCAAUGACCAGUGUCAUAGUAUUCCAUCCAGCCCAGACACGUAUUCCACCCGCCAAAAUAGGUCCUAGGAGCUGACCUCCGGCAAACGCCAUAUUGAACAGAGCAUACGCCUGCGCAACGGGGCUCCUCUCGCCAAACGCGCCGGGAAACUCAAUCUCGUGAUCAUCGACUACCUUGAAGACCUCUGUCAUUGCGGUGAUUUCCACAAACACAAUUGACAGGCCCUGGACCAGCAAAAGAAUGAUGAGAAGAGUGAUACUGCCGGCUGUAUCGUUGGUCACGAAUCGCAUUGAGAUCCACGAGAUCGCUGCAAUUGUGAAUGCGAAUAGUCCCGGGAUGCGAGCGCCGGUG